AUGGGUUACAUGAAAACUACCUACGAUUAUGUCGACCUCAACACGCCUUUCACGCCCCUACCUAGAUACGGCCAUUUUUCCAGAAAGACUCCCGAGUAUGAGCAAGCAGAGCCUUCCAUCCGAAAGAUGUAUGAAGUCCUCUAUUCCCUCCCCGACUUUCCCAGUGUCCGCGCAGUCGCUGGUGACGCAGAUGCGGUGAUGCCUCCUGGGGGACCUGAUCGCUACAAAAGUGUUGUCCAAGAGCUGAUCGACAUUCCUACUCGCGAUGGAACCAUGAUUGAGCUCAAGGUUUAUAAGUCGCCUAAUGUUAAGGAGAGCGCUGUUUUGAUGUAUCGAAUGCAUGGUGGUGGCUGGUGCCUUGGCCGUCAUGAAGUCGAUGGCGUUGAUAAUGUAUAUGCUGCCACCAACACCAGCAUUAUCGUCGUGAGUGUCGAUUAUAGGACAGCCCCGGAGCAUCCCUUCCCAACACCAAUCAAUGAUUGUUACGACGGGCUCAUCUGGUGCAAGAAGAACGCAGACAGGUUAGGAGUUGACCCGGAGAAAGUCAUAAUUAGUGGAGGCUCUGCUGGCGGCCAGCUUGCAGCUUCGCUCGCUCUAGACUGCGUCAGAGACGGUGUGACCGGACUUGUCGCCCAAGUGUUGCAUCUUCCAUCAACGUGUCAUCCCAAGUUCUUCCCCAGGGAUAAAUAUGAAUACGGCAGCUAUAUCCAAAACUACGACGACGCUGUCCUAAGCACAAUAAACAUGGAGAUUGUCUUAGAUGCUCAUGCCCCUGAUGCGAAACCAGACUACAGACACUCUCCUCUCCUUUCAGAAUCAUCCAAGGGACUCCCGCCAACACUUAUUCAAUGCGGUGGAACGGACGUACUUAGAGAUGAUUCAUUCGCUUACGCUGAUGCUCUCAAGAAAGACGGCGUUGACGUGGAAAUUCACUGUUAUGCUGGACUUCCACAUUGGUUCCCUGUUGUACUUCCUCAAACAUCUCAAAGCGUUCAGUUUUAUGAGAGAUACAACGACUUCUUAGCCAGGCAUGCAGGAAAGUGA